AUGACCCCCUGCAGGAAGCAAAAGGAAAAUUUAAAAGGGAACAUCGACUCCCAAGAAGGAUGGGGCAGAGGAAGCUCCCAGGCUAAAAAACGCCAGAGUGGAACAUGUAGGGUUUAUGUAACAAGUCGAAAGCGAACAUCACCCCACCACCCCUUCCAAAGGAUAAGAUCUCUAAUGGGGUUUAAUUGUCAAAUAAAAUCAACAAUAAACAACCAGAUUAGAGAUUCCUCAGGAAGGACUAAUAAGAAGAAAACUGGAGGAUGA